AUGGACCAAAUGAAUGAUCAAUUUAAUGUGACAUAUAUAACUUUUGGUGGGCAUGUUGAAUUGAACAAAUACAGAUUUCUGUAUUUUGCCAUCAUGUUUACAGCAUAUAUUCUAAUACUUUGCAGCAAUUCAACUAUAUUGUGUCUCAUAUGGAUCAAGAAAAACCUGCAUGAGCCUAUGUAUAUUUUUAUUGCAGGGUUGUUACUGAACUCAGUUAUGUUUAGCACUAAUAUCUACCCAGAACUUUUGAUUGACUUUUUAUCAGACAAGCAGAUCACAACUCAUUCACUAUGCAGCUUUCAAGCAUUUAUUUAUUAUUCUCUAACAGGAUCAGAGUUCUUUCUAUUAGCAGCUAUGGCAUAUGACAGGUAUGUGGCUAUAUGCAAACCCCUGCAAUAUACAACCAUCAUGAAAAAAACAACUAUCAUAAUUUUACUAGGGUUAGCUUGGCUUCUGCCUGCUUGUCAGCUUGUGCCAUCAGUUGUAAUGAGUCAGAGUUAUAAAAUUUGCAGUUUUACUUUGAAUGGAAUCUUUUGUAAUAAUGCAAUUUCCAAGCUUUACUGUGACACCUCAAGAACAACAUAUAUCAUAUAUGGUGUGUUUAUUUUACUUAACACCGUAUUUCUUCCUUUGCUUUUUAUACUUUUUACUUACACAAAAAUAUUUAUGAUAUGCUAUCAGAGCUGCAGGGAGGUCAGGAAAAAAGCUGCACAGACUUGUUUACCUCACUUGCUUGUAUUAGUCAGCUUUUCAGGUUUGUGUUCAUAUGAUAUAAUUGUAGCUCGACUAGAAAUGAAUUUGCCAAAAGUUGCACGUUUUAUAUUGACCUUACAAGUGGUUUCAUAUCAUCCUCUUUUUAAUCCAAUUGUUUAUGGACUGAAAAUGAAAGAAAUCUCUAAACACCUCACGAAAUUGUUCUGUGAAGGAAAACUCAACAUCUGGCAAAGCUCAUGUUGA